UCCGGCGAUUUAAACUCUCCGGAUGCUCCGAAAUCGUUGGGGUUCAGCUGGGUCUCCUCUGCAACAUGAGAAACAUGGAUUCAACGAGAAAGAUGAACUGGCACUCGUCCACAAUCUCCCUGAACGCGAGUUCGAUAACAGGUAGUCAAACGAGUACCAGAAGUGCGUACCGUCCACGGGAUCCCCUGCAAAUCCGUCAAGCCGACGAGACAAAAGAGAAACUGGAGCCCCUGAUGAAGGGGAUUCACGAGACAUCAGCGGAGAACAACGCGUUCAUCAAAGACUCGAUGGCUCUCCUGAAGGCCCUGGACAUCGAGCCGAGAGGACUCUCGCCAGAGACGACUGACCGCCUGGACAAAGUGUCGCUGAUCCUGAAAACCGAGAACCUGGCGUCCCCUGACGAAACCCUACUAACGAUAUCUCGUAACAGAAGGCGACUCGAUGGCAUUCAGACAUCGAGGAUUGACAGAAACCUGAAGAGGAAGUACGAGGACCUGUGCAGUCGUUACGCGAGGCUCGAGGAGAAGGUGAAUAACGCCCAGGAGCGGGUGAAUUUCAUAACUGAUUUUGUCGACUCGGCACGAGAAUGCAAUGAGAGGGAAUACUCCGAGAUUAUCCACAAGGCGACGAAGUUGAACGAGUACAGAGAGACUGCUCGUAAUCUGGAGAAUGAGCUUGCUAGGCUCGAUGUGGCUGACGUCUAUCCUGACAGGAUUCUGGAGAAGUACAGUUACUACUUGGGGGCCACUGGGGAGCUGGCAGAGUUGAAUAAAAUUGUCAAUCAGUAUGGAGAGCUGCCUGCUGACAUUCUGCAGGCCAAGGCUGCUGUCGAGCAGAAGGAGAAACGACGUCUCGAGGUGAAAAAUUUGUUGGACGAGAGGAUGAUGAAGUAGGAUGAUGAGUGCAUUCUUGAGGUUUAACUUGAUGAGACAAUAAGUUUGUAGUUUAGGGAAUAAAAUGGUAAGUUUUGAUAAAAAUGAGGAAGAUGAGGGACUUUACUAAAGAAUUAAUCAUUAAUCAUCCUUAAGGGGGUUAUUUCGACGUGAAAAAUUUGUUGGAUGAGAGAAUGAUGAAAUAGGAUGAGUGCAUUCUUGAGGUUUAAUUUAAUGAGACAAUUAGUUUGUAGUUUAGGGAAUAAAAUGGUAAGUUUUGAUAAAAAUAAGGAAGAUGAUGGACUUUACUAAAGAGUUAAUCAUUAAUCAUCCUUAAGCGGGUUAUUUCGACGUGAAAAAUUUGUUGGAUGAGAGAAUGAUGAAAUAGGAUGAGUGCAUUCUUGAGGUUCAAUUUGAUGAGACAAUUAGUUUGUAGUUUAGGGAAUAAAAUGGUAAGUUUUGAUAAAAAUGAGGAAGAUGAGGGACUUUACUGAAGAAUUAAGCAUUAAUCAUCCUCACGAGGGGUAUUUCGACGCGAAAAAUUUGUUGGAUGAGAGGAUGAUGAAAUAGGAUGAGUGCAUUCUUGAGGUUUAAUUUAAUGAGACAAUUAGUUUGUAGUUUAGGGAAUAAAAUGGUAAUUUUUGAUAAAAAUGAGGAAGAUGAGGGACUUUACUGAAGAAUUAAGCAUUAAUCAUCCUCACGAGGGGUAUUUCGACGCGAAAAAUUUGUUGGAUGAGAGGAUGAUGAAAUAGGAUGAUGAGUGCAUUCUUGAGGUUUAAUUUAAUGAGACAAUUAGUUUGUAGUUUAGGGAAUAAAAUGGUAACUUUUGAUAAAAAUGAGGAAGAUGAGGGACUUUACUGAAGAAUUAAGCAUUAAUGAUCCUCACGAGGGGUAUUUCGACGUGAAAAAUUUGUUGGAUGAGAGAAUGAUGAGAUAGGAUGAGUGCAUUCUUGAGGUUUAAUUUAAUGAGACAAUUAGUUUGUAGUUUAGGGAAUAAAAUGGUAACUUUUGAUAAAAAUGAGGAAGAUGAGGGACUUUACUAAAGAGUUAAUCAUUAAUCAUCCUUAAAGGGGUUAUUUCGACGUGAAAAAUUUGUUGGAUGAGAGGAUGAUGAAGUAGGAUGAUGAGUGCAUUCUUGAGGUUUAAUUUAAUGAGACAAUUAGUUUGUAAUUUAUGAAAUAAAAUGGUAAGUUUUGAUAAAAAUGAGGAAGAUGAGGGACUUUACUAAAGAAUUAAUCAUUAAUCAUCCUUAAGGGGGUUAUUUCGACGCGAAAAAUUUGUUGGAUGAGAGGAUGAUGAAAUAGGAUGAUGAGUGCAUUCUUGAGGUUUAAUUUAAUGAGACAAUUAGUUUGUAAUUUAUGAAAUAAAAUGGUAACGCCGUAAAAA